AUGGGUGGGUCAACGACUCUGAGGCAUCAGGAGAGGUUAAAAACCUGAGAAGUCACCAGAAGUCAGUCUGAACCGCAGGACGAGAGGAAAGAUGUCUUCAACCAUGGAUAUUCAGCAGCUGUUACCAAUCAAAGAAGAACCAGAUGACUGGAGCCCUGAUAUGGAGCAGCAAGUCUCACAGCUCCUCAGCAUAAAGAAGGAAGAGGAGGAGGAAGCUGACAUCACUGAUUUCCCGCUCGCUGCUGCUGCGGUGAAGAGUGAAAAUGAAGAGAAAGUGCACUCACUGUUUCAUCAUGUUAAAAAUGAAUACAAGGACGAGGAGGAGACUCAGACCUGCAGCUCAGGUGUCCAUCAUCUGUUUGAUAUUAAAGAAGAGGUUUCCCAUGAACGGAGCCCGAUUGAAGACUCGGACUUCUUCCAGGAACGCUGCAUUGGCCAGGAUGGACUGCAGGAGGAUGACACACGUGCAACAGCUCCCAGAACCUUUCCGAUGCCAAUAUUCAGUGUUGCGUCCCGCAAUGCAUUGCAACGCCUCAAAUUUGAACAGAGAGAAAAAAUCAAAUUCUGCGUGAAAACCAAGAUAUCUGUGAAGAAAACCUUCCAAAUGCUUCAGGAAGUUUACGGCAGCAAAGCAAUGAGCCGAUCAAGAUGCAAGGAUUGGUAUUUGCGUUUCAAAAAUGGCAGAACAUCCGUCGAUGAUGAAAUCAGGUCAGGGCGACCCAGCACGAGCACAACUCCCAAGCACAUCCGAGAAAUUGAUCAACUUGUGCGCCAGGAUUUCCGGAUCUCUCUGAGGGAGAUUUCUGCCAUUCUCAACGUGUCAUUCGGAACGGUCCAGGCGAUCCUGACGUCCACUUUGAACCUGCACCAAGUGGCUAACAAGCUUGUGCCCAGGCUACUCACUCCCGAGCUGAAGCAGUAUCGUUUACGAGCCUGCGAGGAUCUCCGUCAACAGACGCGAGAUGACCCAACGUUCAUGUCCCGGAUCAUAACUGGCGAUGAAAGCUGGGUGUACGGCUGCAAGCCUGGAAAAGCAAAGAGGGUGAAUCCGACAAGGAGCCAGUUCAAGGUCAAGCUCAUCGUCUUCUUUGACAUUCACGGGGUGGUGCAUCGGGAAGUUGUUCCCGACGGUCAGGCGGUUGAUGCUCCGUUCUACCUCAGUGUUAUGACGCGUCUCAGGAAGAACAUCGAGGCCAAACGACCUGAACUGUGGCAGAAAGGCGACUGGCUGCUCCAUCACGACGACACACCCGCCCACGACGCACUGAAAGAGUGCCAUUAUUUCUGCUACACCGACACAAAUCUCAUUCUUCACCCACAGCACUCACCAGAUUUGGCCCCCUGCGACUUCUUCCUCUUCCCCAAAAUCAACGCCAAGUUGAGGGGACAUUUUUUUGACACAGUGGAAGAGCUCCAGCAUGCGUCACUGAUAGUACUGGAUUCACUGGGAGAAGAGGACUUCCGCAGAGCUUUCAGAGCGUGGCAGCAGCGCUGGGUGUGGUGUGCUGCUGUGCAAGGCAACCGCUUUGCAGCUGAUGGUGGCCAGAUUUGAAUUGAAUACAUAUUUUUGUAUAUUUGUUUCAUAUUUUUUGUAUUUUUAUUUUUUUUUUGCAUUAGCAUGCAUUUUUACUGAUGUUUGAUCUUGUUACAUAUAACUUUUUUUAUUGUUUAAGUAGAGUGAAAAUGGUAGGUGGUACAUUGCCGUUGUAAAUAUGUCAGCAUGUGCAUAUUUACAAUUGGAUCACUUUAUAAAAUGUAAAUAACAACAGAGCAACAACAAAAAAGAGAAGGAUGGGUCUUAUUGUCAUGAUCAGAGCGAUCCAAUAUUAAUUCUCCAGAUCCUCUGAAUCUUUUGAUGAUAGGUGGUGGUGAUGUUUAGAUUGGCAAAGUCUUCAGUUUUACAUUGAUAGUUAUUCUGAAACUGUUCCACAACUUUUAGAUGUUUCUUGUUGUUUUUUGCAGACUGGUGAACCUUUACUUGAGAAAUGUUUUUUUAUUCCAGUCAUGUUGUUGACCUGUUGCUGUAAUUAGUCAUGAAAAACUUCCUCCAGCUGUUUAUUUUGAGUCCCUCUCGCAGCCUUUUUGAGAUGUGCUGCUGCCAUAAAAGCCAAACUGAGCGAAUGUUUUUCAUCUCAGGUCAAACAUUUGAUGUAUUUUGUUGGGUUCUUUUGUGAAUAAAAAUAUGG